GGGGGGGAGGAGCAGGAAGUGGCGGUGCGAGGGCUGCUGCACAGCUAACAGAGCCGCGUUCCGGACGGCAGCGCGUGCCCCGAGCUCUCUGCCUUCCCCCGCCCGCCAGCCCGAGCCCAGCCCGCGAUCCCAGCAGCAGCCCGCAGAGCAGCCCCAGCAGCAGCGCCAUGGCCGGGUGGAACGCCUACAUCGACAGCCUUAUGGCGGACGGGACCUGUCAGGACGCGGCCAUCGUAGGCUACAAGGACUCGCCCUCCGUCUGGGCCGCCGUCCCCGGGAAGACCUUCGUUAGCAUUACGCCAGCUGAGGUUGGUGUCCUGGUAGGCAAAGACCGGUCAAGUUUUUUCGUGAAUGGGCUGACACUUGGGGGCCAGAAAUGUUCUGUGAUCCGGGACUCACUGCUGCAAGACGGGGAAUUUACAAUGGAUCUUCGUACCAAGAGCACCGGAGGAGCCCCCACCUUCAAUGUCACUGUCACCAUGACUGCCAAGACGCUAGUCCUGCUGAUGGGCAAAGAAGGUGUCCACGGUGGUUUGAUCAACAAGAAAUGUUAUGAAAUGGCCAGUCACCUGCGGCGUUCCCAGUACUGACCUCAUCUGUCCCCUCCCCCACCGUUCCCUUGGCUUUUGCACCCCCUUCUUUCCAUACACACACAUACCAUUAUUUUUUGG